AUGGAGGUUGUGCUCGAAGCCCCGAGGGCCAUCCUGCCCACCGAGUGCAUUUGUGGGGAGUGCAUUGUCAACUUUGCGAACGAGCUGGCCCAGACGAAUUCCAGAUACGUGCCCAUGGCUGUGUCGGUCCAAGAGGUGGGCCUCCCUUCAUGGAUCGUCAGCGUCAGACAUGAAGUAUCUCAUUCCGUCACCUUCCCGUCUCUCUGGCGCCUCAAGAAAUGCAUUGAUUUUGCGAGGAAGUGGCUAUGGAGUGCGGCCUGGAAGGAUCCAAAGCAAUCUUUUGUCGUCGCAUCGACCUGCGCCGACCAUUAUCAACUGCAGCGGAACCUUGAACAAAGCACACGCCUUCAAAAAAUUUCCGCAGAUAUCGAAAAGUUUAUGUCGUGGCGAGCAUCGACCCGGAUGGCAAAUGGUCAAGAUACGUUAUUCACGAAAGAAGCGGUUUUCAAGUUGCCAAUUGUCCUCCGUUUAAUGGAGCGAUAUGAGGAGAAUCCAAACGAAUUUUUGCACGUCUUCACAAAGGAUGGCUAUUUGAUAUUUUCCCCUGAACAGAUCAGAAAAGGGCAUUUUGUAGAUGACGACUCCGGCCUGGGAGACGUGGUGAGGAGACAGAUGCAGAUAUUUUGGUCGCCAGUCAUCGAAAUCUUCAUGCACUACAACGCUAUCCCCGAUUUUCUAAUGAUGCUAAUGUCACGGCUGAAAGAAAGCGACGUUGCCAAGUCUUCUGUCUAUCAACUGGUAGCCUGGUGUGAAUUGAUCAUUCAAGGCAUUCGACCAGCAACAGCACAAUUCACUCAGGAUGAUUGGCAACGGAUAUUGCAUACAAUGACCAGCAUGUCCGAUUAUUUCCAGAGCGCAAGCAUCAAGAAGAUUAUGGAGAUGAUGCCAAACUUGCGGGCCUCACAACGCAGACGACUGAAGGAGUUAUUGGCACUUUCCCACAAUGCGGACGACGACCGGACAUCUGCAGAUCGCGGGUCUGCCGACACGACGAAUUCUCUGGAUGGCGUGCACACUGUCGAUGAACUAUUCACGAUUAUGGCUCAAGAAAAAGCCGAGCGAGCAGCAAGAAAACAACUGGAAAAUGACGGCAAUCCGUGGAAGGAGUGCGAAAUGGAAGCAUGGAUUGGAGUGCCGAUCGGGCUAGCACCGCAUCAGACCGCCGAGAGCCUUAGCCUGAUCAUCGAUGAUGAAUAUAUCGAACAAAUGAGACGGGAGGAGCGAUCGAAUGAUCGGCGUUCAGCUGUGAAAUCA